GCCAGUGGCCUGCCAAUCUGUGCCCAACCACAAGCUUCUGGGCGGUGCAACCGGGCUCAGCAUCGACAGUCAUCUGCCUGCCAUUUCCUCGAUUUUUGUAUCUUGGCAUCAGCGGGCGUACUGUAAUGAGGCAGGGCAAGGAGCAGGGCACCGAGCGAGUUUGCGAGUUGAGUCACUCCACAGCGAGUUCGGUGCAACGAGACCACUUACGUCAUUCCCUUUCCAACUCGAACCCCCGUGCCCCAGGAGCCUCCAAAAAUCCCACGUCUCCAUCGCGCCAAAAAAGUCGCUUUCGCCUCGCAUUCGACAGAGGACUGCGCCUUCACUACGCUAGACGCAAGAAAACGUGCGAUCUGUGCAUCCGCGUGUCAAAGUGAG